AUGUCACCCGAGAACUCUUUACGGAUUGUGAUGGGUAUAUCCAUUGGAAAAUCCAAUUCUCUUUCCAAUCUACAGAAACAGAUGCCUCUGUCAAUCAAAAAAUUUCUGACAAACUGUGCUACCGAUACAUUCCUCACGUAUUCAACUGUGAAAGUUGUGCAAGUACCAAAUACAUGUGUUGCUUCAGUAUAUCGCGUUAUUCAAUGUGUUAUUAUUGCUUAUAUUGCAUUCUAUAUUGUAUGGUACAAGAAAGGUUACCAGCAAUUUCAGGAGCCACGUGGGACAAGUAUUAUCAAAGUGAAAGGAAUUACCAAAGUCACAGGAAAUAACAGCAUCCAAUUCACAAAGCCAUCUUCAUCGUAUUUAUGGGAUACACCUGAAUAUCAGAUUCCACCAUUGGAAAAUAACGCAUUUUUCAUUGCUACACGGCAGAUAGUCACUCAUAAUCAAACACAAAGAAAUUGUGAUAGUGCGAUGGAUGACAAACUGUUUUGCACACAUGACAGCAAUUGUACGCAAGACCAGCCGACGCCAAAUACAUUUGGUUAUUACACGGGCAAUUGUGUUUCUAGUUCAACUAAUUCUUCAGUAAAAGUCUGUGAAAUCAACGCCUGGUGUCCCGAAGAACUAACUAGAUCUGUUGAGUAUGUGGCAAACGCAAAUGAUAUUCAAGAUUUCACAGUCUAUCUGAAAACGAUGGUAACAUUUACAUUAUUUGAUAUCAAUAUGAGAAAUGUUCGUGACGACACGAAUUUUUCAUGUCGAUAUGAUAAACAUUCAAAUCCACGUUGUCCCAUUUUACGAAUCGGUGAUAUUCUUAAUACAUUGAACACGAACAAAUCUGCUCUUUUACGAGAGGGUGGUCUAAUCGAAAUUCGACAAGAUUGGACGUGUAAUUUUGACUUUGAUGCUGAUAAAUGCUAUCCAACACUUGCAUUUAGUUUAUUGCAAAGCGGCGAUGAUAAACAAUCACCCGGCGUUAACUAUCGAUCUGCUCAAAAAUAUCGCGUCGAUGAUGAAGAUUAUCGAAUUCUAUCAAAAAUCUAUGGUUUACGUUUCGUUCUUGCGAUAACCGGGAAAAGUGGACAAUUUGAUAUUGUGAAUUUAUUUGUAGCGAUUGGUUCUGGCAUUGGUUUUAUGGUCAUAGCAGACAUUGUAUGUGAUGCAAUCUUUAUGUACAUCCACCGAUCUCGAAAGAAAUAUCGUGAAGGCAAAUUCAAGACUUGUAAUAUCAAAUUAUCCAAAAUAGAUCAUGCUAAAUAUCCUACGUCACGAACAUCGUUGAGUGAAGGUGAUGAAACGUCAAUUUAUAAAAUACAUUUUUGA